GGCAGAGAUUGGGCUGACUUCACACAGGAAAGUUUAAACACAAUGAAAUACACUCUGGCUCUUGUGCUGAUGGCUACCAUGGUGGCUUGCGUUAUGGCAAGUCGCUAUGGUUAUGGAGGCGGCUAUGGAGGUGGUUAUGGAGGUUAUGGUGGCUACGGAGGUGGUUAUGGUGGCUAUGGAGGUGGUUAUUAUGGCGGCUAUGGAAGAGGCUAUGGUGGCUAUGGGAGAGGCUAUGGUAGCUAUGGGAGAGGUUAUGGAGGAGGCUUUGGUGGCUACGGAGGAGGAUAUGGUGGCUACGGAGGAGGAUAUGGUGGCUAUGGAUACGGAAAGUAA